AUAUCCUUCCUCUGGCUACCAAUAUGAUAAGGUGAGAAUCCAGCACACUUAUCCCAUCUAUAUUCCUUUUCCUAACUCCUCUUCAAUCACCAUACAUCCCACUAACUCUCUUCAAACCCCUCCAAAGUUCCUCCAUCCAGACCAAAGGCAGUCUCCAAUGGCAACCAUUUCCUCCAUGGCCAUUCUUAAUGCCAAGUGCAUGAGCAUCAACUCACCACCAAAGCAAUCAAUCACAAAACCAAUCUCCCUCCUCUCCCUUAACAACCUCCCCAAAGGCCUCUCGAUCUCCAAACCUAACCCGAGAGCAGCUGCAGCCAUUGCUGGAGCAAUCUUCUCCACUCUGAGCUCCACCGAUGCAGCCUUUGCAGCUCAGCAGAUUGCUGACAUAGCUGAAGGAGAUAACAGGGGACUUGCUCUCUUAUUACCCUUAAUUCCCGCCAUCGCUUGGGUUCUCUUUAAUAUUCUUCAGCCUGCUCUUAACCAACUCAACAGGAUGAGGAGCAAGGGGAUCAUUGUUGGGCUUGGUGUUGGUGGAGGUUUGGCUGCUGGAGGUUUUAUGAUGCCAGGGAGUGCUAAUGCUAAUGAGUUGGCUUUGAUUGCUGACGCUGCUGCUGCUUCUUCGAGCGAUAGCAGGGGAUUGCUGCUGCUGUUUGUUGUUGCUCCGGCGAUUGGAUGGGUGUUGUACAAUAUUCUCCAGCCUGCUUUGAACCAACUUAACAGGAUGAGAUCUGGGUGAUUUGUGUUUAUUUGGAGUCACUGAAUAGUGGCAGUAUUUGUUACUCAUCAAUUUUUUUCUUUUUUGUUGUUGUAUGAUUAUAUACUGUUGCAAGGUUAUGUGGUUAUGAUCUUCAAUAUAUGUAUGACUGCUCGAACCAUGUUUGUGUUGGAACAUAUGAGACUGUUGUUGCAGCGUUUA